UUUUUAAUUUUUUAAUAUAUGCCAUAUCUUAUCUCCUUUGAGAAAAGUUUCAGGGCCCGAAUGUCAUCCGAAUCGCUCCCCCCUCUUCCCCAACACCGCAUCGUUCUAGGGUGUGGAGCGGUGUCAGUGGAUUUCUUGGCCACAGUUGCUUCCUAUCCUAACCCUGAUGACAAAAUCAGAAGCACUAGCUUAAAGGUUCGAGGAGGCGGCAAUGCUGGAAAUUCGUUAACUUGUGCUGCUCGUUUGGGAUUAAACCCACGAUUAAUUUCUAAGGUUGUCAAUGAUGCUCAAGGCAAGAGUAUACUGGAGGAGCUUGAAGCUGAUGGAGUCAACACUUCCUUCUUUAUUGUUUCUGAGGAGGGUAAUUCACCAUUUACUUAUGUUAUUGUUGACAACCAAACGAAAACUCGUACCUGUAUUCACACCCCUGGUUAUCCACCCAUGAUACCAGAGGAGCUUUCUCAAUCAAGUUUAUUAUCUGCAUUGGAUGGAGCAAAUUUGGUCUAUUUUGAUGGAAGACUGCAUGAAACUGCUUUAAUUGUUGCGAAAGAGUACAGGCAAUUUUAA